UGCUCGCGCUUUUUACCUUGCGCGCGCUAACUCACGGAGGCUACCCGAGCAACUAACAGACAACAUUUGAUCUGUGGGAAAUAUUACAAGAAUGUAAUGUUCCAGAAAAGCGGAAACAAAACGGGAAAGUCUCGGUGAAAGUGAGAAUUGGGGAUAUGAAGUUUCAAGCCGCAAUUUAUAGCCUAAGUACCCUGAAUGGAAGGAUCAUUACCAUUUCAGUUGGAGCGACGGUUCAGGAAAUGAACACAUUUUUGGAGGAAACUCUAUUGAUAUCAUCAUAAUUCUUUCUACCGAAAUUGAUCACAAUAAACACUUGAGAUGGAGAGUCGGAUUUUGUUUACUUGCAUACUGGUUGGAAUGUUCCUGCGGAAAUCAUGUGGUCAAAACUCAGCAACUGAAGAAGUGUUGAACUGCUGUGAGGGCGACAUCCUCUUCCUAUUGGACUCCUCGGGCAGCGUCUCAUCCUAUGAGUACUCCCGCAUGCUGGGCUUCCUGUCCGAGCUCCUCCUCCCCUUCUCAUUGGGCGAGGACCAGGUGAGGGUGGGGCUACUGCAGGUGGGCACCCAACCCCGCCUCGAGUUUGGCUUUGAUGCCCACAAUACCCAAUCUGGCCUCCAGGAGGCACUGGGGAACACCAAGGCUCUGAGGGGCGACACCAAUACAGAGGAGGCCCUCAGGAUGGCCAAGGACUGGGUGCUGAAGCCUGGAGGGGCCGGGGGGGCCAGGACAGAGCUACCCAGGGUUCUAGUGUGGCUGACGGACGGGGUGAAGCCGGGUGAUGUGAUUGGACCAAUGGAGGAGCUGAGAGAGGAGGGCGUGGCCGUUCUGGUGAUCUCCACGGGCCACGGGAACUACCAGGUGCUGCGGCAGGUGGUCACCCCACCUGUGGAGUCACACCUGUACUUUGUGGACAUCGACGAUAUGAGUAUCAUCACCGAGGACCUGAGGGAUGCCAUUAUUGAGAUCCUCUGGGCUGAACGGCUCCAGGUGCGAGAUGUGUCCACAGACAGCGCUGUGCUGCAGUGGCGACCGGUUUUGGCCGGUUUGACCGGCUAUUAUGACAUCCGGUUUGGACCGGCUCCCAGUGGGGGAGUGGUUGGAGGAGGAGCAGGGGGGCCUGGUACCAGCCCCAGUACCAGCGGUGGCCAGUACCAGAGACUCACCCGGCCAGGGGACUCUAGCACGGCCAGGCUGACGGGACUAAAGCCAGACACCACCUACACAGCCACACUGACUCCUGAGUCCAACCUGCAGGUGCUCAACCCCCUCUCCGUCACCUUCACCACUAAGCCAGAGGUGUUGAGCCCAGCCGUGGUGACGGUGUCUGACUCAGAGGCCAACAGUGUGAGGGUGAGCUGGGGUCCUCUGCAGCCAGAGUCUGUCCAGAGCUUCCAGGUGGAGUACUCAGCACUCCCGGGGGGGAAGCUUCACAUGACUACUGUGGGCCGGGAGCAGAACUCCACCAUGCUGACCAACCUCCAGCCAGACACCCAGUACCUGGUCACCGUGAGCGCCCGUCACUCCUAUGGCCAGGAGAGGGCCAUGUCUGUCAAAGUGUGCACUGAGGAGGUGAGGCCGGAUCUUGCAGACCUGCGGCUGACCACGGUGGGCAGUGACUCUGUGCAGGUGGACUGGAAAGCCAGCAUGGACGGCCUCAGGGGCUACUGGCUCACCUGGGAGGGACAGGACGGCCACGGCUCUACCACAGCCCAGCGCUCCUCCUUCUACCUGCCCCCCAACUUACUGUCCACACGUCUGACACACCUGCCCCCCGCCACCAGAGUGUGUGUGUCGCCUGUAUACCGGACGACACGCGGGAAGGGCCUCUGCUGCACGGCCCAGUUUUAUUCAGAUGCAUCGGCUUGGGGCCACAGAUCAUAACAUUGCUGAGUUUAACAGGCACUGUACUAUGGCAAGGAUGGAGGGAGGAAGGAGAAGAACAGAUAGAAGAACAAUACAUCUGAACUUGCAUCCCUCUCUCAGUUCAUUCUAUCCUCUCUGGACAUCAUCCACAAUACACGAGGCCUUUGGCUUACAAAGCACUUGUGUUUAAUAGAUACUGAUACAAUACAUAUAGGCUUACUGUACUAUAAAACUGUUGCUCUAUUAGUCAGCACCCUAACUGAACUGUGGGUUGCAAUCUUCUGCAAUGCAGACAUCUUGAUUUUCACAUAUUGCCUAAAACCUGUAAUCACACUUAAAACAUUUGUUUGUUUGACUGUUUGUUUUUGAUAUGAUCUUAAGAUAGAGGUUGGCCAAGCAUAGCAGUCUAGAUCAAGCUAAUUCUGGUUUGCGGUAUCAUACAAGAUGUAGUUUUAAUCAAAAAGAUUAACGUACAGUAACACAUUUUUCGAGCAACUAUGCAAUAUACUUUCAAUGUUUCCCAAGGCACCCACCCCUAAUAUUUUGUAACAUUGAAUACAUGUGUGCGCAAACUCAGCUUAGACUUUAAUUGAAGGGCAAGUGAACACAGAACCCUUAAUAACAGAGAGGAACUCCUUUGAACUAAUUACAAAUCCCAAACAGAUUCUCUAUGUGGCUACACUGAUAAAACUACAGACAGAUGUUCUACUAGUGAGAUGUUGCAGAUGUGUUUUUGAUAAAGAAUGGUCACACUGAUAUUUUCCAGGAUUGUUUUGACUCAUCAUCACCAACACUUAUACAUGGAGGUAUUGGCAAACUGUUACAUUGGAUGAUGCUGUAUUCAGUCAUACAGGUUGGCCAUUGAACCAGGGGGCAUACAGUGGGUAUCAUAAGUAUUCAUACCCCUUGACUUUUUCCACAUUUUGUUGUGUUACAAAGUGGGAUUAAAAUGGAUUUAAUUGUC